CUUACAUAUUAGACUACCGGUUCAAAGGGGGUGUUCAUGCAUCUACCCGGGCUAUUCUCAAUCGAAGGUCACGUUUAGUUUAGCCUCAAUUCGAUUUCCUAGUGUUUGCCAAUAACAAACAACCUUUGAUUACCAGUAACCAAGUCGAACGUGUUACACAUUCGUAUAACGAUGGCUGCAACCAAGCAAUAGCAUAACACAACAGCAUAGGUACCUAUCUCUUAUCUAUCAUUUUCCUUCAAGCUUAGCUUAGCUACCUACCUAGGAGGUAUGCGUCGAUCCGCCAGCUCGAGAGCCAAUCCCUUCUUCAUUGCCAACCUCCUCAAGCGUCAGAGUAACCAAGGCAUCCAAGUAAGAAUCCAGCGCAAGAUGAGUUCUAGUAGUAGGAGUAAAAUAUCUGGGCCGAUUCACUUUGGCCCGUUCGAGGUCACGCCCCAGGUCUUCCUCACAACCCCCCACUCCUUCGCCCUCGUCAACCUCAAACCCCUGCUGCCGGGGCACGUCCUGGUCUGCCCGCGCCGGCCCUACAAGUGGCUCACGGAGCUCAGCGCGCCCGAGAUCACGGACCUGUUCUGCGCCGUGCAGCGGGUGCAGCGGAUGCUCGCGCGGCACUACUUUUCCUCUUCCCCUCCCUCUUCUUCUUCCUCAAACCAUCAUUCUUCCUCUUCCCCAUCCUCGUCUUCUCGGCAGCAACAGCAGCAGCAGAGACACGACGUCCCGGAAGCAGCCGGUUCGUUCAACAUCGCGAUCCAGGACGGCCCCGAGGCCGGCCAGACCGUCCCCCACGUCCACGUCCACGUCAUCCCGCGCAUCCGAGGGUCCACGGCGAAGGAGCAGCCGGGCCCCGGGGACCAGAUCUACGAGUCGAUGGCGGCGGAGGAGGGUAACGUCGGAGGGGCGUUGUGGGAUCGGGAACUCAACAACCUGCUCCGGCAACGUCUCGGCAGCCGGCCCGAGCCGGGCGGGAGUUUCCCCAGCAUAGAGGACUCGGAGCGGCACCCGCGGACGGCGGAGGAGAUGGCGGCCGAGGCGGACGUGUUCCGCAAGGUCUUGGAGGAGAUGGGAGAGGAGGAUGAAGAGGCCGAAGCUAAGCAAUGAUUGAUUGAUUGGUUGGUUGGUUGGUUAGCCUAAC